AGAAGGUUUGGUCAGCGGUCGGCAKCAACAAUAUUGAGCAGGCGCAGUAGUGAGUAUGGGAAAAUAUGGCGGACAAGCAAUGCGAAGAUUUCCGAGCAGAAAAUGCGCAAACUUGUUAAUAGUUGGUGUAAUUGCUUAUAGUUUUGUAACACUCUAUACUUUGAUUUCGUUGUGGCCACGUAAUCAAGGCGGUCCUAUAGAUGCUAUAUCUCAAAAGCGAAUAAAUUCGGYGUUAUCGUCGCGUGCAUUGGAAAAUGUUACAAUCGAAGUCUGGGGAAAAGCGGCUAUUGGGCUGUAUUUCUGGCAGCACAUUCUCAAAGGUCCUCUGGUGACAAAGCUUGGAGGUGUUUGGCAGUACGGUGAAAAACGUAUAGAGUCCCUGAAGUUCAAAUUCCGCACAGGACCAGGUGUUGUGCCCGAUAAGGUCCCCAAGGAUACCAAGAACUUGGUGCUCAUUUUGAAUGGAAGGGARCAGAAGAAAGUUGACUUUGCACAAGCAUGGCUUGAUUCGCUUUAUAACUUCAAGAUGCUUAAAAAUGUAGCUUUAGUGAUUCUUGGCAAUGAGAAAUGCAAUAAUGAAUGGCUGUCAAGUUAUAUCACCAUAAUGAGGGACAUUAUUAAAGCAGUGUUUGUAGUUUAUGACAUAACUAAUCGAGACAAUGGAAUGUUUUAUCAGUGGCCAUUAGGGGUAGCUACAUACAGGAAAUUYCCCCUUAUAAUGCCCAUGUCUGUGAAUGUAGAGCAAAGACGAAAAUACAGGUGCAAUUUUCUAGGGACAUUAUACAGAGGUUCCUCUAGAGAGCUACUGAAAAAGGUACUGGACACAUGGGAUUUGUACAAAGACUGCUUGGUCAAAUACAGAGACASCUGGUUGCCAAACGAAAACAAGGAAACAUCAAGACAAUAUCAUUAUGCCCUUGCUAACAGUGACCUAACGCUUUGCCCUGUUGGCAUYAAUUCAGAAUGUUAUAGAAUAUAUGAAGCUUGUUCUUAUGGCUCUGUUCCAGUCAUUGAAGAUGUUGCAACUCCAGGCCAAUGUAGUAAAGAUAACCCACUUUAUUUACUCAAGAAAUACAAGGCACCUUUUAUCUUUGUGAAGAACUGGACAGAAUUGCCRAGGAUUUUGGAAAGGGAGAAACAUAUGAGUGAUGCUGAACUGGCARACAGACGGAGAAUCAUAAUUAGUUGGUACACAAAGUUUAAAGAACAAAUGAGACUCCAUUUUAUUCAAACUUUGAUGAGAAAAUUUGAGUUGUGAGGAUGGAAAAAAUUGUAUAUAAAGGGAAGUGAUUCUUCUUCACCCAUCUUUAUAGAUGAUCAUGGCUUUGCAUCAGAGUACGACAACUGGUGAGCUUAGAAUGAAAUACACCAGUGAAAGAAUAAAAGUUUGGGUUUUCUUGCAGUAUUCUUCUUCUCCUGACAUCAAUUCUUGCCCGAAAAUGUUUUGUU